GCACCAUGGCAACCAUCACCGUGGUGUCACGCUGUGAUGUCACUGCUCCGCACCACGGGCAUCACAGUGACGUGCCAGGAUACCCCACUCGUACCCACAGUCAGCGGGCACCAGUUGGCCUGGGCUUGCUGACUGGCAGGACAAGACCCGGCUCUCCAAGGCGAGGGCCAGAGACAGAAGCUUCGGUCCAGCUGGGACAGAAAAAUGGAAAGCGAAUUCUCAUCCCUCUGCUUUCCAGAGAAGCUGUGGAAAAUAAUGGAAAGUGACCAGUUUCAGUCCAUGUGGUGGAGUGAGAGCAGAAAAUGUGUGGCCAUCAACGAAGAGCUCUUCAAAGAGGAGGUGCUGGGCAGGGCAGGACCUCAACGUGUUUUUGGCAUGCAGAAGAUGAAGAGUUUCCUGCGGCAGCUGAACUAUUGCGGAUUCACCAAAAUGCCGCGGGAUCACCAAAGAUCUGCCUCCCUGCCCGAGUUCCUGGCAGAAGAAGCAGCGGCUUCUGCUCACAGCAAGAUACUCCACUACUAUAAUCCCAUCUUUAACAGAGACCAUCCCCGCCUGCUGGAACAGCGCAAGAGGAGAGGUGGCCGCAAACGGAGAGCCCCGGAGGCACCAGAGGUGGAAGAACAUCACCCGGCCAGCAGCCCAGACGGUCAGCCUGCAGGGGAUAUGCCAGCAUCUCCACCCGCGCUGACCGUACCCACCAAGCGACGGGCUGAAUCACCUCCCAGCCUCGGCAGUGCCCGUCCAUCUCCAGAGGCAGCUGCUCCCACCCCUCCAGAGCCUGCCGGAGCAGCAAACAGCGUGGGGCUCACCCCUCUGGGCCUCUUCCUCCUGCUGUCACCCAGCAGCCAAACCCCGGGUGGCCUCCAGGGUGCUGCUCCCGCUCCUCCGCUGAUUGCAGUGCCCGUGCUGGGAGUAGCCGCAGCUCUGGAGAAGCCACCCCAGAGCCAAAGCCCAGCAGUCCCCCACUGCCCCACCUGCACCUGCAGCCCCAGCCCUGCUGCCAUUGUGCCUCAGCAUGACACAUCCUAGAGAGUGCAUGGACAGCUGGCAGCAGGGCAUUUUGUUAAUAGUGUUGAUAAUAGAUAAAGUUUAAUACAGUUAGUAAGAAAAUGAGCCUAGUAGAGUUGAUAAUAAACCUUUGGAACAAU